AUGGCUCUAACACAUCACCAAAACACCCGCGUGGGCAAGCCAGCCAUGCUCCCCACGCCGGACACCUCGCACGUGCCCUACUCUAGAGUCUAUGAGCCGGCAGAAGACUCGUUCCUCCUCCUCGACACGCUCUCCUCCCCUUCAGAAACCGCCUUUCUGCAGCAGCGGUUCGGCGCGCCCAGCAACGACGCUGGCGACAACCACCUCGCGACGCCACCCCCGCCCCUGGUCGUCGAGGUUGGUACCGGCUCGGGCGUGGUGGUGAGUUUUGUCCACGCGCACGCGCAACCCAUCUUCGGAACCCGCGACGUUCUCACACUGGGCGUGGACGUCAACGCCUUCGCAUGCGCGGCAACGGCGGCGACGGCAGCGCGCGCUACCGCCGAUAACGCGACCACACACGGCAUGUUCCUGGGCGCCGUGCGGGGGGACCUCGUAGCUCCGCUGCGACCUGGCAGCGCUGACGUGUUGGUCUUCAACCCACCGUACGUGCCGACAGACGACCUGCCGGCGCGGGACGACGCGCGGCUGGCUGCCGAAGGGGCCGGGGAGGCCGGGACGGACGGCCGCACGUUGAGCGCGAGCGCCAGGUUUGACCGCGACUCGUACCUGCUGUCUCUAUCGUACGCGGGCGGCAGGGACGGGAUGGAGAUUACGGACCGGCUGAUCGAAGCGCUGCCAGGGGCGCUGAGCGCGAGGGGCUGCGCAUACCUGCUUCUCUGUGCAGGCAACAAGCCCGAAGAUGUCAAGGCGAGGAUUCGGGGCUUUGGGCCGACGUGGCGGGUGUUGACGGUUGGGGAAAGCGGCAAGCAGGCCGGGUGGGAGAAGCUUCAGAUAAUUAGAAUUUGGAUGGACGGCAGCGACGAGCACAGGACUAGCAUCUAA